GUUUCCCCUUCACGCGAGCCCAUAAUCAAGUCGGGCUCGCCUCUCGACCUCGGUGUUGCGCUCUCCUCCGCUCGGACCGCUCCUCGCCGGCGAUCCCCCCGCCUCCACCGCCGCCGCCGCCGCCGCCGUCGAUCUGCGCUGCCACGGCCGGGGGGGAAGCUUGUGCUGAGGCGCAGUCCUGAAGAGAACCCCACUUGGGAGGCCGGGGGGCGUCGAAGCUCCAAACAACCAAGCACCAUCGUGACGAAGCACGCCACGGGAGAUGACUAAGGCGGCGGAGGCGUGGGAGGGCCCGACGGCGGCGGAGCUGAAGGCGGCCGGCGCGGAGGCGAUCCCCGGCGGGGUGCGGGUGAAGGGGUGGGUCAUCCGGUCCCACAACGGCCCCAUCCUCAACUCCGCCUCGCUCCAGCUCUUUGAAGAUAAACUUCAGACAACACAUUUACCUGAGAUGGUUUUUGGGGAGAGUUUCUUAUCUCUUCAGCAUGCUCAAACUGGCAUUAGAUUAUAUUUCAAUGCGCUUGAUGCUCUGAAGGCAUGGAAACAUGAAGCACUACCACCUGUUGAAGUUCCUGCGGCAGCAAAGUGGAAGUUCAGGAGUAAGCCUUCUGAUCAAGUAAUACUUGAUUAUGACUAUACAUUCACGACACCGUACAAUGGGAGUGAUGCUUUGGUUCAGAACCCAGAUAGUAUUCAAACAAGUUUGGAUGAACCCCGCAAUUUGUGUUGGGAGGAUUCUGAGGAUCGGAUUGACCUUGUUGCCCUUUCAGCAAAAGAACCAAUUCUUUUCUAUGACGAGGUUAUCCUGUAUGAAGAUGAGUUAGCCGAUAAUGGCAUUUCAUUCCUCACUGUGCGAGUGAGGGUGAUGCCAACUGGUUGGUUCCUGCUCUUGCGUUUUUGGCUUAGGGUUGAUGGUGUACUUAUGAGAUUGAGGGAUACCCGGGUGUAUUGCUCUUUUGGUAGUGACGAAGCAAAACCCAUUGUACUGCGUGAAUGCUGCUGGAGGGAAGCAACAUUUGCUAGUCUGUCUGCGAAGGGAUACCCUUCCGACUCUGCAGCAUAUGGAGACCCGAAUCUUAUUGCUCAUAAGCUUCCAGUUGUGAUGCAGAAGAUCCAAAAGCUGAAAUUACCCAAUUAACCCGACAACCCAUCUCGUGUACAUCAGCGUUUUUUUUUUCCAUUGACUGUUGGACGGUGUUCUCUUUCUGCUUAUCAUGUGCUGUGGUCUGUGGAUGCACGUUCCUGUAGCUGGCAAUAGUAUAAAAAUUCUUGUGGUAAAGGCUAUUUGUCUACUGGGGCUUAUCAGCUUUUAACUCUCAUUCUCGCCAUGCUUGAAUAAGACGCUUCAACGGGGCUUUGCAUGUUUCUGAUA